AUGCCUGAAGUUUACGCCGCACCCCCCGACUACGCCUUCCCCCGUAACUUCAAGGGUUACGGUGAGAAGGGUCUACAGGGCUUGAAGUGGCCCAACAAUGCCAAAAUCGCCGUAUCUUUCGUCAUCAACUAUGAGGAGGGUGGUGAGCGCUCAGUCAUGAAAGGCGACGGAGUAUCCGAGAUCAACCUCCGCGAAUACCCAGCCCAACCCAGAAUCAACGAGCGCGACUACAGCGGCGAAUCAGAAUUCGAAUAUGGCUCCCGCCGCGGCUGGUGGCGCAUGUUUAAGCUCUUCAACGACUACAAGAUGAAGUUCACCCUCUACGCCGUCGGCUCCGCCGUCGAAGAACAGCCAGAAGUCGUUACCCGAUGUGUGGAAGAGGGCCACGAUGUUGCUUCUCAUGCCUACCGCUGGAUAGAUCAUGCCAAUCUUUCUGUUGAGGCCGAGAAACAGCAUAUCAGGGAUGGUAUCACGUCGCUGAAGAAGCUCUCCGGCUAUGCACCAAAGGGAUGGUACUAUGGCCGCCCAUCCCCACAGAGCAGAGCGCUCAUCCCACUCGUGUACGAAGAGAUGGGCGAGGAGCUGCUGUGGGCCUCAGACUGCUACGCCGAUGACCUACCCUACUGGACCGAUCUCCCCCAGGAGCGCAGCAGCGCAAACCCCAAGGGAUGCUUGAUGGUCCCGUACAGCUACGACUGCAACGACUUCAAAUUCCACUGCCAGGGAACUGGUUUCCGCAGUACGGCUGCGUUCUACGAGCACAUGAAGAACUCUUUCGAUGUGCUGUAUGAGGAGGGCGAGGCAGGAGAGCCGAAGAUGAUGACCAUCGGUCUGCACUGCCGUAUCAUCGGUAGGCCGGGAAGGUUCAAGGCGCUUCAAGACUUCGUCAAGUACAUCUCCGAGAAGGAGGGUGUUUGGGUUGCGACUAGGACGCAAAUAGCGGAAUCUUUCAGGGAGCAGUUCCCGUAUAGGAAGGGUCAGCUCGCGUAG